AUUCAAGACCGAAACGCCUGUGCUUCGAAGAUUCAAUCGUCUUUGAUCGACAGACAGAGAGACGGGCGUGGAUACAGCGUUACAUUCUUAAUGGCAGAUUGGCAGUAUUCAUCCGCCAAAAGACAAUGCGAUGUGCUUCUUCCAGUCUUCCACCGAAAGCUAGAGUUACUGCCACCCCUGCCACCCCAUUCCAUCUCAUCCCCGCUAAACAAAACACCUCAGUUUGUUUGGUUUCUAGAGAGAGAGUGAGAGGCGGUGCCUCAUUCUCUUCUUCACAGGCUGUUGGCUUUUCAUGCAACAGGAAGCCAGUUUUCAGAAUCUGUAUCUCAGCGUGGUCCUCUUCACUUCCAGCUGCGUAUUUGUUCAAAGACAACAAUGAUGAACACAGUUCAAUUCCUGAGUCUCCAGGGAAGAGAUGAGCAGCAACUGAGCGGCUUGAUUGAUUGUUAAUUGAUGAUUUUUCAAACAUGAAAUUCAAUGUCCUGUUUCUUGCGUUCCUUGCAUCUCUGUCUCUGUUUGAAGCAUCCGUCGAAGCUCUGUCGAAACCUCUUUUCAUCAACUGUGGCAGCAAUUCCAGCAUCACGGUAGAUGGUAGACGGUGGACUGGUGACUCGAUUCCUGGCCAAAACUUCACGUUAUCAUCCGUUGGAGUCGCUGCUGCUGCUUCAACGAUCUCUGAAGAUCUCGCGAUCUAUGGAUCACUCUAUCAAACUGCGCGGAUCUUUAACACCUCGGCGAGCUUCAACUUCGCAGUGGUUCCGGGGAACUACUUCAUCAGGCUCCACUACUGCCCCUUCAAUUUUGGCAACUUCAUCGCCAGCGGUUCCUCCUUCGAUUUGCUCGCCAACAAUCUCAAGCUGCUCUCCAAGUUCAGCGCGCCCGGCGAGAUAGAUUGGAAGAACGCGAUCAGCAACUCGAGCAUCAGUACUCUCUUCAGGGAGUUCUCCCUCAGCGUCAACCUCACCGAGCUCAGGAUCGAGUUCAUCCCCGAACCCGGUUCUUUCGCCUUCGUCAACGCCCUCGAGGUGAUUCCGGUCGUCGACAAGCUGUUCCCUUCGAGCUCGGGGAUGGAGACCAUGUACAGGUUAAAUGUCGGCGGGCGAAAAAUCGAGCCGAGCGAAGACCGAGCCCUAUGGAGGAACUGGAACUCCGACGAACAGUUCAUGUUCUCUGUCAACGCAGCGCACAGCAUCAGUAACACUUCCAGUGUGACUUACUCGUCCGUCAACGACACCGACGUCUUCGCGCCGUUACUGGUCUACGAGACGGCGAGGACGAUGACGGACAACCAAGUAGUGGAGAGGAGAUUCAACGUGUCGUGGAGGUUCCCCGUGGAUCCCAACUUCGAUUACCUAAUCCGGUUGCAUUUCUCCGAGCUCGUCUACGACAAGCCGAACCAGAGGAUUUUUAGGAUUUAUAUUAACAACAAGACUGCAGCGGAGAACUUUGAUGUGUUCGUUCGAGCAGGCGGGAAGAACAAGGCCUACCACGAGGACUACGUGACGGCGAUCUCGCCGAAGGUGGACUCGCUUUGGCUCCAGUUGGGACCCGAUUCGCUGGCGAGCGGAUCGGGCGGCGACGCCCUCCUCAACGGCGUCGAGAUCUUUAAGCUGAGCAGGAACGGGAUUCUGGCUCACUCUCACCAGCGAAUCAGAGCAACUCAGAGCAGCAGAGUCGCUCAAAAGCCGUCGCAAAAGACUUUAUGGGCGGCCGCAGCCGCCUUCGCUUUCGGACUAAUGGUGGUCGGUUUGUCGGUUUAUGUUGGUUUAUUGCAUCGCCGGAAUAAAACGCCACCGGAGAAGAAGAAUCCUGAAAGCACAAAAAAUGCAGUGACGAUGAAGACUUCGUUCAACUCGAAGAACAAGAACAGGGUCGGGAGAAGAUUCACCAUGGCGGAGAUUAAAAUUGCGACCAGGAACUUCGACGAGGCGUUGGUCAUUGGAACAGGGGGCUUCGGUAAAGUUUACAGAGGAGAGAUCAACGAGGGGGUUACAGUGGCAAUCAAGCGAGCCGACAAACAAUCAGAGCAGGGAGUGAGAGAGUUCGAGACGGAAAUCGAGAUGCUGUCGAAGCUCCGGCACCGGCACUUGGUAUCCAUGAUCGGAUUCUGCGACGAGCAAGGGGAGAUGGUGCUGGUGUACGAGUACAUGGCGAAUGGCACGCUGCGGAGCCACCUCGUGGGCGGCGACCGGCCGUCGCUGACGUGGCGGCAGCGCGUGGGAACGUGCAUCGGCGCUGCGCGCGGACUGCACUACCUCCACACGGGGUCGGAGCGGGGGAUCAUCCACCGCGACGUGAAGAGCACCAACAUUUUGCUGGAUGAGGACUUUGUGGCUAAGGUGGCAGACUUCGGGCUGUCAAGGGACGGGCCGGCGGUGGACCAAACCCACGUCAGCACGGCGGUGAAGGGGAGCUUCGGGUACCUUGACCCUGAGUACUUCCGGCGACUGCAGCUGACGGAGAAAUCGGACUUGUUCUCGUUCGGAGUGGUGCUGCUGGAGGUGGUGUGCGCGCGGCCGGUGAUCGACACGACCCUGCCGAAUGGGCAGAUCAAUCUGGCUGAAUGGGCACUGCGGCAGCGGCCGGUGGAGCGGAUCGUGGACCCGCGGCUAAAGGAGGAGGGGUACUCGCCGGAGUCCGUGGAGAAGUUUGUGGAGAUCGCCGAGAAAUGCCUCGCCGACGAGGGGAAGAAUCGGCCGACGAUGGGAGAGGUGUUGUGGCAGUUGGAGAACGUGCUACGGCUGUACGAGGCACACGUGCAGAGUGGUGUCGAGGCGAACUAUUGCGGUGGUGAUUGGUCACGUAGUCUCGAGGAGAAGAGCGGUAGGAAAAGAUGAUUACGCUAAUAAACCUUAAAUCCUAUUCCCUUCGUUUCUUA